AUGGUAACGGAAAUCAGGGAUUGGCUUGGUGCUAAAGUCAACUUUCGUGCCAUCCACAACGACGUUAAGAGGAAACGGACCAAGGGAACGGGAGAUUGGUUCAUCAACAGCCCCAAGUACCAAGAAUGGAAAGCUGAGAAGGGGAAUGUUCUUUGCGGGACGGGCAUCGCGGGCGCUGGAAAAACAACCCUGAUGUCGCAUGUUAUCGACAAUCUACUACAUGAAGAGUCCACCGACCCGAAGAUCUGCGUCCUCUUUGCCUAUAACCGUUACGACGACCUGCUGUCCACGGCCGAUAUUCUGAAGGGGUUGGUUCUCCAAGCUGCCCAGAAGCAGAAUGAACGAUUCCUGGACGCUGUCAAGUCUACCCUGUCGCGCUGCAAACAGCAAGGAGUCAAGCCAACUGAAGACGACUUGAUCGGUCUCCUCCACCAAUGCGAGGCCAUUUUCGACCGCGUCUAUUAUGUUUUCGAUGGCGCGGACGAACUGAUUCGGCCCGAUGUCAAGUCAGAAGUUCUGGUCGAACUCGUCAAAACCAUCAACCAACUGAAUGGAAACAUUAUCAUCUCAUCCCGACCGUUGCAAGUGCUGCAGAAAUUGAAACACGUCAAACAAGUCGAGCUGAAGGCCCAAGACGAUGACAUGUGGAUCCUCAUCAACGACGAAAUCGACUGGUCGUCAACCCUUGGUGAGCUACUCGAAGAGGCGUGGUGUCGAGAAGACAUCGUGGGCGCUAUAAUAGAUAAUGCUAGCGGGAUGUUCCUACACGCUUCCCUGCAGGUGAAGGCGCUCCAGGGUUGCCCUACGCUCGCCGAUGUGUGGGAGGAGCUCGACAGCUUCCCAAAAGAUAUAACCGCGAUGUACGAGAAGACCUUCCGUCGAAUAGAGGACCAGCCAAUUCGAUUUGCCACUAUGGCGAAGCUGGCGCUGCUUUGGCUCGUUCAUGCCAAAGGCCAGCUCGGGGUGAAGGACUUGCGGGCUGCGUUGGCCAUCAACCCAGAAACGUUCCGUGUUGAAGAAGACCGUGUUCCCAAACUCGAAUCUAUCAUUUCGGCAUGCUCGGGUCUGGUCGAGUACCAUGAGCAAACCGACGUUAUUCGCCUCAUCCAUUUCACUGCUCGGGAUGCGCUGGAGCCGCUGUUGCUCCAGGACUACCCUCAGCCUCACGCGCUCAUCACCAGGGUUCUACUUCAACUCAUGAUUGAUAACACCAUCGCCAACUGUACCGUAGAAGACAGGGUCGAACUGGAGGAACUGCUCAAGAGACCCCUCCUUCGAUAUGCCUAUCAGCGUUGGGCAGAUCAUGCCAAGGAAUCCGGGGAUCAGGCUGGUGUUCGGAAAGACAUCGCCAACUUCCUGUACCAAUGUUCCUCGUUCCCCUACGUUGCGAAGGGGGAUAGUCCUGGCUUCGAUGGCGAAAUCUCCGAUGGCCCAUGGUCAACCUUCGAUCUCAUUCAGCCACUGCACGUUUCUGUCGUGUACGACCUUCCGUGGUUCAUCGAGGAAGUUCUCGCUGGUCAGGAUAUCCAGCCCCCGCCAUACCACCAACCACCUAGCGGACUCCCCGUUUGCUACGGAUUGGAUGUCAACGCACAAUCUACGGGAGGAGUAACUGCUCUGCAUUUGGCGGCGCACCGUGGCCAAAGGGUGUGUGUAGAUGCCCUCUUAAGAUUCCCCACCAUCGAUGUCAACGCUAGGAGUGGGCGGUUGGGACGGACGGCGCUGAUGGAGGCUGCAAGGGCAGGUGACCGAGACAGUGUGGAACGACUUCUCCGAGCGCCAGGCAUCAAUGUCAAUGUGAUGGACAACUUUGGGUGGACGGCGCUAAUGGAGGCUGCAUGUUUGAAAGACACCAUCAACCAUUUCUUCUCAAUACCAGCGUGGACCGGGGUCGAUGCUGGGGAAGAACGUGGUUGCAACGACAUUGUUGAACCGCUUUUAGGUGUGCCAGGGAUCGAAGUCGAUGUUGUGAAUUGGUUGGGGAGGACGGCGCUUAUGGAGGCUGUACGGAGAGGUCACCGGGGCACUGUCGAGCGACUUUUUCGAGUUUCGGGAGUGGAGGUCCCCAGUGUGGAUAGACUGGGAAGGACACCCCUGAUGCUGGCCGCGGAGGGAGGUAACGAAGAUAUCUUUGAACGAUUUCUGAAUGUGCCAGGUGUUGACGUCAACGAUGGUGACAGUCUGGGGACAACGGUUCUAAUGGAGGCUGUAGCACGGGGUCGCACAGGGAUGGUCACACGUCUCCUCGAGAUGCCAGGAGUCAAUGUCAAUGCGAGGGAUGUGCAUGGAAGGACAGCAUUGAUGUUGGCUGCACAGAGGGGUGACAAAUGGGCUGUCGGACGACUCCUGGAGGUGCCAGGAGCGGAUAUUGACACUGUGGAUAGGGAAGGAGGGUCAUCAGUCUUGAAAUUAGCAGAUAUGGAUGCAUGGGCGGCAGUUUGGGAACUGUCUCAGAAACCGUAUUUGUCGAUCCGAGAGCUCAACUUCCUCUAUGGGCAGAGACAGGGGAUGGCAGAAAGAGAGGAGGUAGUCCGACUCCUUGAGGAUGCCCAAAACCAUCGGUCAGCAGUGCGCGCUGGCGCUGGUAACUGCGACGUUGCUUCGGUUGGUAGUGGAUGGGAGACUUUGGACUCUGACAUGUGGGUUGCUACUAGUAUCUCUGCCGACUGCGAGCUGUCCGCUAGUAGUACUUCUCCUUUGUAA